AUGGCUCAGAAGACUAAGCGCAAAGGCAUCAUCCUUCUCUAUUUCGUCGUUACGUCGAAGAAACCUCGACUAACGAAUUCUCGGAGACCGAAAGAGCAGCAUGACCGUCCGGAGUCAGACACAGACAUAUGCUGGUCGAGCGAUCCGGUCGUCGGAGACUCAAGCGAUUACGAACCUUUAGUAUCGAAGAAUGCACGCACUGACGUAUGGGCUACUACUUUGAGAGGUAUCGUUGUGACAAAAGAACGAGAGCUGCGAGAUCAACUGGCUGUUAGGAAGGCUGCCCUGAACAACGAUGCCGAUGAUUUCAAAGCAAAGCUGCUGCCGAUCUUCCUCGAAGCACUCCACCCUCUCGAUCCCAACGAUGCCAGAGUCAUGGAAUACACGGACGAUAUCUCCAUGCUCAACAACAAUAGCAAAUCCGAGCAGGGCGCUCCCGUGCUGCAUGUUCCUGUCACGUGUUGCGGAGAGCAGAAGUACUGCGUUGACAUCAGUGACAUGGUCGCCAAUUGCGAAAGCCUGGUCAAAGCCUAUCGCGACCUCGCACCCGAACCGUCCAAACGCAAUGAGGUGCCGAAAGAAUCCACAAUGCACCCACGUCUUACUGCUUGGCAGUCCGAGUUCGCCGAGGACAAGCAAGCAAUACUACAGAUGCUGGUCGCGGGCAAGAAGGUGGCUAUGCGAGAGGUGGAAGUAAUGCUGGCCGAUCGGUACCGUGAAGUCAGAGGCAGAAGCAACUUGAGCCGUGACGAGGAGAUGAAGGGGCGCCAUUUGUUGGCCAAAGGCACAAGCGCGAAUGGCGGUGCUGCUGACGAAGGCGGUGGCCGCGAAAACGAGAACGGUAUGGAUACUACGGAGCCGCUCAUGGGGUGGGGGAACGCUGCGCACGACGUUCAGAAGGCCAUGGGUCGGCUGGGUCGGCUUGUUGAUGGGCAGGUCUGA